UGUAACGGUGCAGCUCGUAGCCAAUAAGCGGACGACACUGAAGAGAAGCUCCGCCUAUAUACUACGAGACAGAAUAACGGACUAUUCGGGUCUGGGACAAUAAAACAUGUCAGCACCCGCUGUUUCCAGCAGGGAAUCUGUAUUAGGUUUCAGAUGUAGUUAAGUUAGAGAAGUUUAUGCCAUGACUACUACUCCUGUUGUCACCGUGCUGCAAGCAAGCAUAGUAUCCGUGGUAAAGGGCUUCCUCGGCCGGCGGAAAGACAAAGACAACAGAAAGCGCAAGGAAAUUUACAGUGGGAAUCACAUAGAAAGAGAUGGAACGCCACGCAGUCAUGUCUCUGGGGCAGCCAUCACCGUACCACAGUCAAUGGUGAUUCCUCACACCGCCUCCUACGGCAUUACAUCAAUGACUGUCAAGGACUUCUUAAAAAUACACAGAAUUUUACCAGGUCACAAUCUCAAGCUACUCAACCUCACCCAAUCAUCGAAGACAAUCAUGGUUUCCAAGACAGUUCGCCGCGUACGAAAGAUCUGCCCGAACCUUCGUAGCCUCAUCCUGGAAAAUUUCAACUUCCUAGCUCCUCACCGUAAGCGGCGAGUGAAACUGGAAGACUUUCCGCCCCGUCUCAAGUUUCUAAGCCUCCGAGGCAGCGUCAUCGACAUCAAGACUCUUCUAGUAUCCACAACCCGUGCGAAGACUCUCAUCAACCUAGUCAUCUUGGACCUCGGAAGUUGCUUCUUCGUCAACGAUGAGAAGGCAAAGACACAAGGGUCUUCAAUCUCUUGGCCAUCAAUGCCACACCUGCAAGAACUGUACCUAGAAGGGUGUCCAUUUCUAAACUCGAGCAUCAGUAUGCAGCAAAUUGCUAUGGGUAGUCCCGCAUUGCGUGUCAUCGACGUCGAAGGCACUCAGUUCGACGUAAAGAGCUUUCAGUGCUUCCAAUACCUGCAACACCUCGAAGAACUCUACGUGGGGAACACGAACGUUGAUGAUUCCUAUUUGCUGUCCCUCCAACAACAUGUUCUGCCGACCCUAACGGUGGUGUGUCUGGUACAGGCACACGUGACAGAGAUAGGCCUUACGUAUUUAUGUCAAAGCAGUCCCGGUUUGCGGUUAGUGCGACUUGAGAGGUCACGCUGUUCGUACAAAUUUGUCCGAGAGUUUCAAGCUCUGUUUCCUUGUGUCAAGCUCGAAUGGUCUGGGGGCAGCAGGAUGGACAGCGUUCUCAUGCAUCAGUCUUGUGACCAUUAUCACCGCAAAUAUCCACCUGGCGAGGGCUGAUGGUACACUACUGAUUCAACCGAAACGAAUUUUAUCUUCAUAUCGACCAUGGCUAACUUUGGGACCUGUAUAUAGCGUUUAGCUUAGAAAGUGUGCAUUAUAGGUUUUAGCAACAUUGUGUGCCGUAGAUGUCGGACAUAUCCAUUAUCGAUUCAUCGGAAACUGCUAUGUUCGAAUAAACUGUGUCGCAUUGCUUGUCAA